AUGCCAUUGGGCCGCGCCGGCCCAAAAUACAGACUCAUUGGCCAGCCCGGCUGCCGCUCAGGCAGAAGCCCAUUUCAAGCUUGCUUGCAGGGGCGAGUGAUGGGCUCGCUCCAUUGUGCUCGUAUUUGCAUGGAUGUGAUAGCGGCGCUGAUUGGCCGGCGCUGGGGGCCGCCCCGCCCCCUGCCUCGCGCCCCCCGCCUCGGAGACGCCGCGGCGCGCGGCCCCGCCCCCCGGGACGGAGCGGCGGGGCUACGGGGGCGGGGCGGGGCCGGGGUCCUGCGGGCUGAGAGGGCGGGGCGGGGUCCUGCCCGCCGCAGACGGCAGGCAGGGGGCGGGGACCUGGAGCGCUCUCCGGGCGGGGCCGGGGAGGGGGGUUCCUCCCGCAGGUGGAGGUCUCUGAGGUAUUGGGCAGGACAACUGGAACACCCGGGGCUGGCGUCUCCGGGGCCGGGAGAAGAUGUGACAGGGGUCCCGCGCGACAGAGAGAUUCCUCUGGAGCCGAGGUUCCGUAGGUCAGGAAAAAAUGCCGAGGAGCCUGGCGAAGAGUAA